AUGGCUAUCAAAAGUCAGAACGUAGCAUUGAUCUCCAUAUGCGUUAUUCCCUUGAUGUGUGAAAUACAGAGCUUCUCUCCAUUACGUGCUCUUGAGCUGGCUAUCCUCGACGAUCAGUGCUCAUUGCUAGCCAACCCAGUCAGGCAGGCUCGCUCCAUCCAAUUCGGGUCAGAAGAAGAAACAAUCAUGAGUCAAGUGAAGUUUGACGAUGACGAAGUUAAGUUUCAGUUAGAUCUUGAGAGAGCCGCAAGGAAGUCUCUUGAUAGUUAUGAGCGAGGCAGGGACAGUGUCCCUAAGGCUCCAGAAGAUGCCGAGGAUGAAAACAGCGAUUCAUGUGAGCAGGAGGGUUAUUGUGGAGCUAAAAGAGUUAGUAGAGCAGGUGGUCGUCGCAGUCGUGCGAAAGCUGCCAAUCGUAAACAGAGAAAGCCAAUACAACCUACUAAGGAGUUUGACAAGGACGAUGAUCUUAAUAAUCGUCAUUUCGUUGAUGAAUCUCAUCCUUUCGACAUUGCUAGCACCAAGAACAUUCCACCGGAGAGACUUGCGCGAUGGAGGCCACCUCCUCACCGUGAUCUUACACCUCAAAAUGUUUGGAAUCAGGCAUUUGACAUAUGGUAUGCUGCAGCGGAGGUUUACAAGGGGCUUUUGCGUGAAGCUGGUUUUGGUGACUUCUUGAAGAUUCGACCCAUUAUGAUUAACUUGCCAGGCUACAUGUGUGCUUUAGCAUAA